CAUCCAUCAUUUUAACCAUUCAUUCGUUCUUCUCGCAUCAACCAAAUUACGUGCGCGACUUUUUGAUCUGGCACUCAAAGCGAGACAACACGAUAUAUGACAGCGUAGGGGUGUCACACAAAGGAAAUUUGAUUUGGAGAGAAAGGAUCUCGCGCUUAAUAUCUCUUGGACAAUGGCGACACAAUCUCUAAAUCUCAAUGGAGCGCCUGAUGAAAGUGUUUUCAGCGAUGAAGUGGUACAAAAGCGAUUCGAAUCUCUGGUUGCACCAUUGAAAGACGCCAUCCAGGGACAGACUCUCCCAUUGGCAGAAGGUAAAUCCGAAUUGGACGCAGCUUCUUUGGCACACUUGACAUUCGUCAUCCAACAAUUCCAACAUGCUCAUUUGGAAAAUCAAGCUUCUUCUUCUUCAUCGAUCACCGCCAAACCAAACAGGAUACCAGCAUCAUUCUUCUUGUUUGCCGAUAGCCUAAAUGCAUUCGACUCACCCUUGAGCACAAGCUCGGCUGUGUAUCAAUUGCUACGUGCAGCUCUGGAAAGUAUCGCAGCUUUGAACAGGCCGUCCUGGUCUUUCCUUAGCUCUUCAAGCGCAGAGGAUGUAGAGCAAGGCUUACAGCUGAUCACACAGAUUCGCAACAAGCUCAAAGAGGCUAAUGCUAUCAAGCACGUCCGCAUUGCAGCCUCUGGCGAUUUGACAGGAGCCGAGAAGGAUGAAUGCAGAGAAGCAGCACAAAAGAUGGAUUGCCAAUGGGUAGAAGAUCUCGAUUCAGCUACUCACGUUCUUUUCUCUUCCGAUGCAAGUACAACGAGCAACACAACUGAAUCACAAGAGUUCUUCCGUACAUUGGCCAAAACCACGCUAUCAGGAGGACGAGAAGUAUCGUUGAUUCACGUUUGGUACAGACCCGAUUCAUAUGAUACAUGGCUUCCAGCGCGUGAUUUUGCAGAACCAGACACUGAAGCAAAUGCAAGAGCACAACAGAGAUGGACCAUCGGUUCACAAUGGCUUCGGGAUAGUGUCAGAUUCAACGAAUGGAUGAAUGAAGAGGAUUAUGAGCGCGAUGAAGAAGAAAGCAAGGAUGCUGCCGUCGCUACUGAACAAGUCCCUCAAAGCACGAGUGUCAAUCCACGAAAGCGUGCCUUACCUGAUGAAGUGACUGCAGAAGACGAAAGCACAGCAAACGGUGGUGCAGGUACGGGUAAAAAGAUCAAAUUGCUCGUAGCAGCAAGACCUGUGGGAGCAACUGCAAUUGAUCUAUCCGGUGCAAGUGGCCCUCCUCCUGGAAGAAAUUAUGAGAAAGAGCCACUAAGUAAUCCUUCAAUGGGAAACCUGCCAACCGAGCCUGAGGUACCGCAAAUCACAACAACAUCUACAGAUGAUCAGACAAAGGCACUUUCCGGUCAAGCAGAAGAAGCAGAACAACCAUCUCAAACUGAAAUUGAGGUCAGCGAUGAAGCAGCACGCGAGAGGGAAAGAUUAAAAACCGAAUAUGUUGCAAGGAAGUAUCUAGCUGAGCAAACGCAAGAGGUCAUCAUUCCAUCGUAUGCCACUUGGUUCUCAUUCUCCGCAAUCAAUGCAGUCGAGAAACGCAGUUUGCCAGAAUUCUUCAACAACCGCAACCGAAGCAAGACACCGGCAAUCUACAAAGAAUACCGCAACUUCAUGAUUAAUACAUACAGACUUAACCCGAGCGAAUAUUUGACAUUCACAGCUUGUCGUCGUAACUUGGCUGGAGAUGUCUGUGCUAUCAUGCGUGUUCAUGCAUUCUUGGAGCAAUGGGGUUUGAUCAAUUAUCAGAUUGAUCCCGAAACAAGACCUGCAACCUUGGGCCCUCCCUUUACUGGUCAUUUCCGUGUCACUGUUGAUACACCCAGAGGAUUGCAGCCCUUGCAUCCUGGUACUCAAAGACCAUCACAGCCAGGCGUGCCACACUCGAUCACAAACGGUGCUGUUCCUUCCGGUACACCAGGCAAGCCUGAUUUGACGUUGGAGUUGCGCAAGACAGUUUAUCAAACUUCACUAAAACUUUCUAGACCGAUUGAUGAAGAUCAAGCGAAUGCUCUAGUCGCUUCUGCUGAUCAAGAGAAUGUGCAAAAUGGACAAGGAAAUGCUUACUCUUGCGAUACAUGCGGUGCAGAUUGCACAAAAACACGCUACAAGAGCAUUCGCUUGCCUCAACGCGGCAGUCAUAGCAACGGCUUUGCAGUCUGUGCAAGCUGUUAUCUCGAAGGUCGUUUCCCCAGUAACAUGUACAGCGGUGACUUUGUACGUAUUGACGAAGGACCAUUCAAGCAGGGCGGCGACCAAGCAGACUGGAGCGACGUUGAAACUUUGCGCUUAUUGGAAGGAUUGGAAAUGUAUGAUGAUGAUUGGGCUCAAGUUUCCAAUCAUGUUGGCACGCGCAGUCGUGAACAAUGCAUCACCAAAUUCCUGCAAUUGCCCAUUGAAGAUGACUAUUUGAAUGGAACUAAAGCUGCUCAUCAGAGCAACGGUCAUGUUUCAAACGGUGCCGGCCAACAUACACAAGGCGAUCUAGGUCCAUUGCAAUAUCUCCGUGAUUCCAAAGCGGCCGCUGUUCCAUUCUCACAAAGUGACAAUCCGGUCAUGAGUGUUGUGGCAUUCUUGGCAAGUGCUGUCAGUCCAGCUGUGGCUGCGGCAGCUGCUCAAAGUGCGCUGGGUGAAUUGACAGAUGGUCUCCGGAAACGCAUUUCGAAAAAGAGUAAAGAGGGUGAAAGUGCUACAGAAGAUGCAGGAAAAGAAGGAGAGAAGGAAAAGGGUGAUGCAAUGGAUGUAGAUGCUGAACAAAGCGCAGACAAAGAGGCUGGACCGGAUGCAACUACCGGUAAGGAAGCAAGCAAGACUCCCGAAAAGACAGCAAGUGCAUCUAAGGACAACAGUGUCAUUCCAAAGAAUGAUGUCGAACGUGCUGCAUCCAUUGCUAUUGGCGCAGCUGCAGCAAAAGCUCACGUUUUGGCCACAUUUGAAGAACGAGAAUGUCAAAAGCUCGUUGGUCAAGUUUUGGAAGCACAAAUGAAAAAGAUGGAGAUCAAGAUGGCACAAUUUGAACAAUUGGAAUCUCUCAUAGAAGAAGAGAGAAGAUCUUUGGAAAUUUCACGUAAACAAUUGUAUGCUGAUCGUUUGAAUGUUGCUAAACAAAUUCAAAUGGUACAAGAUCUCGUUCGAAAAGCACAAGCAAACCCAAAGAGCGUUGAGCCAAAAGAGAUUCAACAAGUCAACAGCGUUCAACACGGUUUGUCUCAACAAGGUCCUAUUGUUCGUGAAGCAAAUGCUUCACAGCACCCUACCGCAGCAAACGGAAAUGUCGCCGCUCCUGCUCCUCAAGAUGGUUCAAACAUUGCAAACGCUCCUGCUAGCUCUGCAGAGGCUACUAUUCGUCAACUAUAGCCAACAAAAUAUAGAUAGAGCCUCUUUUCAAUUCUCGUACAUGUAUGUAAAAAUGGUAAAAAGAACUGUAUAAAUGUGAUUGUAUUCUCUGAUUCUG